GAUGGUGCCACUGUACUCCAGCCUGGUGACAGCAAGAGUCCAUCUCAAAAAACAAAAACAAAAACAAAGGAUGAAAGUAGGCAAAGGCCCUUAUGAAUCAAGUCCCGAGAUGCUGGGUGACUUGCCCGGAGGCACACAGCCAGCAUGUAGCAGGAUUCAUGCUGUGGAAGCUGGGGUUAGGGGAUGUUGACGGUGUUAGCGGAUCAAGAGAGAGGGCGAGUAGGGCUAUGCAAUCCUGGGGGUCAUCCUCUGAGUGAGCCCCAGAUUGCUCAGUUCUGAGGGGUCCAGUUGUACUCUUUUUGCCCCAGAGGAGAAAUGUCUGAAGUAAGACCCCUCUCCAGUGACAUCUUGAUGGAGACCCUCCUGUGUGAGCAGUUCAUGGAUCCCCUGACCAUGGAGGUUGUCGGUGGUGGGAGUGACCCUGAAGAGGACCUGGACCCUGUGGAGGACCCGUUGGAAUGCAUGGAGAACAGUGACGCACUGGCCCUGCAGCUGGCCUGCAUCGCGGACCAGAUGGAUGUGAGCCUUAGGGCCCGGAGGCUGGCCCAGCUCUACGAGGUGGCCAUGUACAGCCCGGGUCUCGCUGUCACCCUUGACCAGACCGACAUCAGGGAUGUUCUCGGCGGUAUCGUGGACGUUUUCGCUAACUUCCAGGAGGACGUAGUGAGGCUCUGGAGAUCCCUGAGCUCCGGGUCCUGGGUAAGAGCCUUGAGAUUUCUGUACGUGACUUGCACUGUGGCCAGAGAGGACUGUCAGAGCUGCUCCUCAGGGCGCCGCAGUCCCCUCUGCUCCCUGUCAUCUUCUGUGCCCCAUUUCCACAUCUGCCUGGUCCCAUGGGCUUUUGGGUUUGAGACUCCUGGUUGUGAGUGCACAGACCAGUGCAGGGUCCUGUUCUCCCUCUGCCCCGAGAGGCUUCACCGGCUCCUGGCCUGAGCAGGUGCCUCCGUGAGCAGCCUUCCUAGCAGCCUGGUCCCAUGCUGCCCACUCCCCACCACCAGGGCAGCUGACCACCCUCACCUGUGUCCACCAGGUGUCUUUGCCUGUGUCCCGCAGACUGGCAGCCCCAGGCCACACUGGCCUUUAGGGCGAUGUCCUCAGGGCCACUUUCCCCGUCUCCUGAACUCCUUCUCUGGAACCCUCCGGCUCCUUCCCAGUCCCCACCUCCCUGGGCUUCCCCGUGGCACUCCGCUGUCACCCGUUGGGCCUCAUUGCUGGGGCCUGCUCCGAGCCCUGAAUCUUCGGCUUUGCUCCUGCAGGUGUCCCGCAAACAGGCAGUGCUGCUGGCACUCCUGGCGCUGCUGCUGGCGACGUUCAGCGGGGGUCUGCACCUGCUGCUCAAGUGAGGCCCCCAUGGCUCAGGGCGGGGCUGGCCCCGCCCCUGCGACCACUGCCCUGGCACUGCCCUGGAGGUGGCGGCCUACUGGUGUUGUCUUUUUAACUGUUUUCUUAUGAUCCCUUUUUAUAUUUAAACUCUGAGAUAGUGCUGGGACACUGCUGAGGGUUCAUACUCAGGUUUUUUUUGCCUCCAGUUUUUUAAGAGAUGAAUUCCUAUGGCUCCGAGCUUGUUACCGGUUAACUAUGGCCUGUGCCCAGGAAGAGCCAUUCACUCCUGUCCCUGCCCACAGGCAGGCAGCAGGGGGAGUGCUGGUCACACCCCUGUGUGAUGCAAUGCCCAGAAUCCACUGGAAUAGAUUCUGAGGAGCAGGAGUGCGCAAUAAAAUGUUGGUUUCCAGCA